AUGGCCUCUAGGACUGGCAAACGUCUUACUGGAAACAGCAGGGGUCAGAGCUUUGCUGAUAGAAUGAAUUCAAUGAAACACAGUAUUGCUGGGUCAUUAAUAGCGAAGACUAUCUGCAAGGCCACCACUGAAGAAAUGAUCUCUCCGAAGAGAAAACAUCUGAACAUUCUGGUCAGCUGCACAUACGAGCCUCGUCUUUCAAUGCCAGAAUUCUCAAACUACAUAAUUGGUCGCUCGCAUAACAGCAGUUGGGUUGUAUCUUUUAAAGCUCUUAUUACGAUUCACCAUUUGAUGAACGCUGGGAGCGAGCGCUUUUCCCAAUAUUUGGCGUCAAAUAAUUGCCAGCUUUCAUCGCCUCGUUCUUUUGAGCGGAGCUCCUCGCAGGCUGCCACAAUGUUCUUGUUUAUUCGUCACUACGCCCGUUAUCUCGAUGCACGUUCAGCUAGUUACCGUGAGGUUGCCUUCGAUUUCUGCAAAAUUAGGCGAAAAAGUGAACGACUCACUUAA